AUGGCUCGAGGUGAAGAAGACUAUACCAAAAUGACCAUAAAAAGGAGUCCUGUUGAGUUUUUGACAUGGAAAUCGUUGGUUUUGUUUGUAACCGUUGGAGUUGGAAUGACAUGGCUAUUUAAAGAGCAAAAGAAAAAGAUCGAACUAAGAAAAGAGGCCGAGAUGAACAGAGGUGUUGGAAAGCCUUUGAUUGGAGGACCAUUUGAUUUGGUUGACAUGAAUGGAAAUAGAUAUACGAGUGACAAUUUGAAGGGUAAAUUCUCUCUUAUCUACUUUGGAUUCACUCAUUGUCCUGACAUUUGUCCGGAUGAAUUGGAUGAUAUGGGUGAAAUAAUCGAUGGUUUGAAGAAGAAGCAUCAUAUCGAGUUCCAAUCUCUAUUUAUCACGUGUGAUCCUGUUAGAGAUUCUCCAGAGGUGAUGAAAGAUUAUUUGGCAGACUUUCAUCCUGAAAUCCUUGGACUUACUGGUACAUAUGACAACAUUAAGAAGUGCUGUAAAGCCUACAGGGUGUAUUUUUCUACACCAAGAGACGUCAAACCUGGUCAAGACUACUUGGUAGAUCACUCGAUCUUUUAUUACUUGAUGGAUCCAGAAGGACAGUUUAUUGAUGUAUUGGGAAGAAAUUAUGAUGUUAAUGGAGCCAUUGAAAAGAUUAAAGAUGAUGUUAGAGCUUAUGAACCUAGUGAAGUUAGGAGUAAGAAGAAGGAUGGAUGGUUUGGUUUUUUGUAUAAGUAG